UCCCCCGAAGGAUCUGCGGCCACCUCGUUCGUCCAGCCGGCGGCAGCCAGAGAAUGGGGCCGGGGCGGGAGGCGCUGAGCGUGACACCGGACGAGAGAGGAAUGUGGGGCAAGGAGAAGAUGCUCUGGGCCUGGCUCUGGAUACAAGACCACUUGAACCAGGGGCGCCUCUUCCUGCUGGUGUCAUCGCUGAUUAUCUUCAUCCUGGUAGCCCUCUAUGGGUACCGGAGUGAGCGGCCAGGGGACCACGUCUGUAUCUUCAAUGGCAGGAACUUCAUCUGCCGCCUCCUCUUCUUCUGUACCUUUGUGACGAUGAUCACCAACCUCACCUUCCUGUGCCUGGAUCCCUACCUGCCACACAUACAGGUUCCAAGGUACCUGCAUCUCAUCUGUCUGGCAGAGCUGGCGACAGCAGUGAUCUGGCUAUUUGUCUGGGCUCUGCUCAGCAUGUUCAUCUUGGAGCAGUGGAUCCGUUCGGAGCCAUCCUCGGCUAAUGUCCACAGCACUCGCACCAUCAUCACCAUCGCUUUGGCCGGAGCUGGCUGCUGGGUCCUGAUGGUGGUGCAUCUGACCCUGAGGCUCCAGGAGUUCAAGUCCUCCAUGACCUAUGGGGUUUCGGGCCUAUACGCUGGUCAGGGGGAGACCCUCCCCACCAAGUCCAGAUGGGACCUGAGAUCUCGUGGAGCUUCCAAAUCGCCUGUUGCUUCUGUCUGA